UGUAGGGGAUCACGGAGCAUCUCAAGCAUCGGAAGCACAGACCGGGGCGUCGCAGGCAGCACCCCUCCCGCACCGCCCACCCCGCAAGGCGGCAGGAGGAGACACCGAGGACCACCGAGCAUCGCCGCCGCCCGUUCCGCCGCUCCACCUGCGCCUCUGCCUGGCCCGUCCCACGUGGCCGGCCUCAUCGCCGCUGCUCCACAGCCAGCUGCCGGUCCGUCCUGCGACGUGGUACCGCCGCAGCCCGCUCGAUCCGCCCAAGGACUGGGGUAGAGCAGAGAUCCACCAGGACUUGGAUAGAUUCCUUUCCAACUCACCCCCGGGAAGAUGGCGCAGAUCCCCAACCUCGACAAUGCGCCGCUCAAUCUCGCUGCGCUCAGGGAGCAGUCGAAGAAGGACCUGCUUGGCAUUCUCAAGAGUAUAAGGGGGAAGAAGUGUCUGGUCAUUGACCCAAAGCUCACGGGGACCCUGUCGCUGAUCGUGCAGACCUCGCUGCUAAAGGAGUAUGGUGCGGAGUUGCGGAUUCUCUCUUCUGACCCCUUGCAGACGGAAUGCCCAAAAAUUGUGUAUCUUGUGCGCUCGCAGCUGAGCUUCAUGAAAUUUAUUGCAAGUCAAAUCAAGAAUGAUGAACCUAAAGGGCUCCAAAGGGAAUACUUCCUCUACUUUGUUCCUCGCCGCACAGUUGCUUGCGAGAAGAUCCUGGAGGAAGAAAAAGUUCACCAGAAGUUAACAGUUGGAGAAUUCCCCUUGUAUCUAGUUCCAUUGGAUGAGGAUGUCCUUUCUUUUGAACUUGACCAUUCUUUGCUGGAAUGUCUUAUUGAAGGAGAUACAAGUUCUAUCUGGCAUGUUGCAAAAGCUAUUCAUAAGCUAGAGUUUGCCUUUGGAGUCAUCCCCAAUGUUAGGGCUAAGGGUGUGGCGUCAACCAAAGCCGCAGAGUUGUUGAAUAAUAUGCAACUAGAGGAUCCUGUCAACAUGGAUGAUAUGGGGAUUCCGGAGAUAAACACUGUUAUUUUGUUAGACAGAGAGGUGGACAUGGUAACCCCAAUGUGCUCUCAGUUGACAUAUGAAGGUUUAUUGGAUGAGAUGCUGCAAAUUCAUACCGGGUCUGUCGAAGUUGAUGCGAGCAUCAUGGGAGCCCAACAAGAUGGAAAAAAGGUUAAGGUUCCACUAAAUUCGAGUGAUAAGUUGUACAAGGAGAUUAGAGACCUCAAUUUUGAAGUUGUAGUUCAGGUCUUGCGCCAAAAGGCAACAUCUAUUCAACAAGAUUACGCGGAAGUAAAAUCCACCAAUACUCAGUCAGUUUCUGAGCUAAAGGAUUUUGUGAGGAGGUUGCACUCGCUACCAGAGAUAGCUAGGCAUGUCCAUUUGGCACAACACUUGCAAUCGUUCACGGGAAAGCCCUCCUUUCAUGCUCGACUAGACAUAGAACAAACAAUAUUGGAGGUUCAAAACUUUGAAAUAUGUUUCGAGUACAUCGAGGAGAUGAUACACAAGCAGGAACCUAUUGAAAAUGUGCUACGCCUUCUAGUGUUACUUUCGCUUACAAAUGCUGGGUUGCCAAAGAAGAAUUUUGAUUACUUGAGGCGAGAAAUACUGCAUAGUUAUGGCUUUGAGCACAUGCCCUUGUUAUACAAUCUGGAAAAAGCUGGCCUUUUUAAGAGGCAGGAAUCUAGAAGUAAUUGGGUUAGUAUUACAAGAGCUCUGCAGCUUAUAGUUGAUGUAAAUGAUACGGCAAACCCUAGUGAUAUAUCAUACAUCUUUUCUGGAUAUGCACCUCUUAGCAUUCGCCUUGUUCAACAUGCAGUGAGAUCUGGAUGGCGAUCUACCGAAGAAUUGUUGAAACUAUUGCCAGGUCCACAUCUGGAUUUGAAAAGAGGUGGUUUGAAAACUAAUUCUUCACUGGAAGCGCUUCCAGGUUCAGUGGCCCAACAGAGUAUUGACAGGGUUGGUCAUCGCUCUCUGGUUUUGGUUGUAUUUAUUGGUGGUGUAACAUUUGCUGAGAUUGCUGCCCUUCGAUUCCUUAGUGCACAGGAAGGAAUGGGCUACGACUUCCUUGUUGCUACAACAAAGGUUGUCAAUGGCAACACAAUACUCAGACCGAUUAUAGCCAAUAGCAAAGAAGGGAUGAUGUAAUUUUUUUUUUGUGCAUGUGUGUUUGUAGUUGUAGACAAACCCGAGCUCGUGAGGGGUUUCCUUGUUUGGCUACCAGAUCAUAUUUGUUCAGCAACUGGUGUUAGGCUCACACGCUUGUAUUUAUGAGAUGGGCCUCGUCUUUUUUGUCACUGUAUAUGUUUGUACUUUUAUCUCAUGCAAAUGCAAAUACAAAUAAAUUAAUAUCAAUCAAUGGAAAUUUUGCGGUCUCAUUUUGAUUCA